AUGAAGCGAGAGCCAGGGACUGAUGAAACAAAGGGUCUGAUGGAAGGAGUAUCAAAUCAAGAGCCUCGUGAAGUCAAUUUCUCUUCUUGUCUUGUUUGUGGUGAUAUUGCUACAGGAAGGCAUUAUGGAGCAAUUGCUUGUAAUGGAUGUAAAGGCUUUUUCCGUCGAACCAUACGACGAGGUUACAAUUAUGAGUGUCGCUUUGAACGCCGUUGUGACAUUUCUAAACAUAAUCGAGCUGUCUGUCGGUUCUGUCGUUAUACGCGAUGCAUCAAUGCUGGAAUGAGAGAGGAGCAGGUUCAGAACGAGAGAGACGUGAUAGGCAAGCGUAAUCGAGCGAAUUCUGUAACUUUAAAUGGAAGACCGAUUGCUAUGAAACGACAUCAGAGCAGUGAUGAUGGAAAGGAAUCGCCUAAGAGAGCUUCUCCCGAUAUUCCAACAUCAUUUCCGUCUAACAAGAAGGACGAUGUCUGGUCCGUUCCAUCAGCAAUUAUAGACCUACUGCUGCAGUCAGAAACAACAAUUCAAAACUUGAGGGAUACAGUUAUUCAACAAACGGGAAAUGUUGAGUAUGCAACAAAGCCUGAAGAUUUUUGUUCAUCAUCAUCCAAUGGCUCGAGAACCGCAACUGUUAAUGAUAUUUUCAAAUCGAUGCACAGUCAGCUCUUAUUGGUUAUUGAAUGGGCAAAAACGCUUCAGCCGUUUGUAGAGCUGUCCCCAGACGAUCAGACUGCCUUGUUAAAAAACUUUGCUGCUCAACACGUGGUACUGUGUGUAGCAUAUAGGUCGAAAGAAGCUGAUGAUUUUUUGAAACUUUUGAACGACAGUUACAUUCCAAGACCUAACCGACAGAGCCGAUCGACAAGUGAUCAAUACUUUUUUUUGCGAGACUGUGAGAGAGUUAUGGAUCAACUAGUAGCUCCUAUGCGGUUUCUGAAAAUGGAUGAUGCUGAAUUUGUUGCUCUGAAGGCGUGUAUCUUAUUCAAUCCCGUUGCGAAGGGUCUAUCACCACAUUCUGUUCUGAAAGUUCUCGAAACAAGAAGAAGAAUUUUCUCCGCAUUGGAAAGCUAUGUUCGAAAGAAUAAGCCUAGCGAUGUUAGUCGCAUAGGCGAUCUUACUUUUUUUGUUUUAACACCAUUAACAUCGUUAGCUAACUCUGUAAGCGAAGAUGUGCUGGUGACCAAACUCACAGGAGUGGCACGAAUUGACAUGCUCAUGGAAGAAUUAAUUCUGGCUGACGCAGAUCAAAAACCCAAUAUAACGAAUAGUUUACCAGGGUUAGAUCAUGGUUCUUCGCAACCAGCUGCUGAUAUAAACUAUCGAAAUCACUACCAACAUGUUAAUCAGCAUACAGUUGCUCCAACUUCAGGAAGUUUACCGAAUUCGCAACAUAAUCAUUACCGAAGUGGAGUCAUAAAUGAUACCUUGGCUGAUCCACCACACGAUUUUGAGUUUGACACGUACUCCAAUCAGAUCGGCAUUUUCGAUAACUCUCGUUCCAACUCCCCUGUACUUGGAAUGCUAGGUGCAGGCAAUUUGAUGUGGUCUAGUUCUCUGCUAGGUUCCGAUUCUAGUCCAGUCUAUCUACCAAACACCGGAGGCUACUGA